AUGAGGACAGCUUUCUUGCUAUUGACCCUUGCUUCCGUCUUGGUCGCCUAUGACCCCGUAUUUGUCCUCGAUCUGAAGGCACUAGUACCUUACGAUAUGGACAAGAGGCAACUGAACAUUCUUGACAAGGACCAAAGCUUGAUUCGCUCCGACAAAAAGAAGAAACUCGACGUUAUUUUGGAAAGACAGGAUGAAAAUAUCAAGAAUAAGUACAAGGAAGUGGUGGAAGCCAAACAGCUUAAGUACAGUAAUACAAUGAAAGCCAGAUUUGCAGCGGCAAGGGAUCUUAUCGGAGGUGAUGCGACAACCAAAGAAUUUUUGACGAAAUACGACAAAUUGAACACUGAUAUGAGCAUUUCUGAAAAGGAAGCUAGGCAAGGUAUCAAGCAGCUCAUGAACAGCAUGGAUAAAAAUCAACGCGAUAUAUGGAAGAAUCUUAUGAAGAUCCAGUCUUAG